AUGGCGCGGCGUACAUCGUCAGUCAACUUGUUAAACUCGCUUCUAGUCAUGAAUGGCUGCACGGAAUUUGCACUUGUAUAUGUGAUAUCUAAUGGACUUAUUCCAGCGUUAAGUUAUUUCUUUUACAGCACGGGAGAGAUCUAUUUCGAUGUUGGUGUGCCCAACAACUGGAAGCCUCCGGCUAGAUCUGACAUGGUAUGGUCUGGUUCCGAAGACAAAGCGUUGAGGACAUUCCACGACAAAUACGUUAAAAUAGAGAAAUCAAGUUUUCACAAUAAUCAAGUAGAAAUCAGUCGCCUAAUGAAAAAUCUGUACCAAGAACUGAAGACACUCGAGAAAACUCACCAGUUUCUGAGAUUCCGACCAUUCGUGAAGCAAGGAGGUGCGAGAGAGGGUCUAAAGGUUGGAGCGGCAGAUGAAUUUGAUGUAGUGCUCCCUUUCACCUUCCUGGGAACCACCGCUACCAUUAAGGAAUCGCCCAGCAACAACCUGCCCGCUGGUCUGGGUGAAAUCGAGAUCAAUAAGGUGAAUAGUCGUAUGACCGUUCAACCGAAAAAUCUUUUUGUAGAAAGAGACGGUAAGCAGUAUGUUAAUGCAAGAGUUUUCCAUGAUCAGUUGAUCAAAGGACGGAUUGACGCAGCUAUACAGAAGUUGAAUCAAAACCCCGAAUUUGCCAGCUUCAACAUCAAGCGCCAAGCGGCCGCACCAGCCAUCAAACUAGACGCUACAGUAAAUGGCGAUCGAAUUAGUAUCGACAUGGUGCCCGGAUAUAACAUUCGAAAAGAUGGGUCAACCUUAAGAAAGUUCAUGGUUUCAAGAUGGGUUCCGAGUUCCCAAAAUGAUCACCGUGUCGAGCCUAUUCCUAACCCAGACACGGCUUGGCGUAUGUCCCACUCUCAGUUCGAAAUGCGUAUUCUGGAUAGAUGGAUUUCCACCAAUUUGACCGCUCAGCGUCUGGUGAGAGGCGCCAGAAUACUUAAGGCCGUUCGAGAACACGACGUCGAAAGGAAUCCUAGCUCACAACUGCAUCACGUGCUGUCGUCCUAUCAUAUCAAAAAUGCUCUCCUUCAUGGUAUUUUACAUUUGAGAUGGAUCGAUGACGUACGUUUGCCGAACGUGACGUCAGCAUGCAAACACCUUGUCCAUAUUAUCGACACCUCUUUGGAACACAGAAACCUCCCACAAUUCUUCGCCAACAAUCCAAGUUUGGAGAAGUAUUUCCCUAUGUACAAUUUCCACACGGAUUAUCCGGAUGUGAACUUGUUUAAGGAGCGUUCAGAGGGUGAAACACAACAAAUACGUGCAGAUCUUACUAAGUCGCUCAAGCACUUUAAUUUGCAGCCUAUUCUGGACAGAGGUGGGAGCAUUCACGAGGACAAACUCGAACCACUCACAAGAAAGAUCAGGCCGACUAAUGAAUUAUGUACCAACGAUGAAUUGCAUUAG